AGUGGUGUUCAGGAACUCAUAAGCCAUGGAUGUAUUCAUGAAAGGACUUUCAAAGGCUAAGGAAGGCGUGGUGGCUGCAGCUGAAAAGACCAAACAGGGUGUGGCAGAGGCAGCUGGAAAGACAAAAGAGGGUGUUCUCUAUGUAGGCUCCAAAACGAAGGAAGGAGUAGUUCAUGGUGUGACAACAGUGGCCGAGAAGACCAAAGAGCAGGUGACGAAUGUUGGAGAGGCGGUGGUGACAGGUGUGACAGCCGUAGCACAGAAAACGGUGGAAGGAGCAGGAAAUAUUGCAGCUGCCACUGGCUUUGGCAAAAAAGAUCAGACGGGCAAGAAUGAAGAAGGUGUCCCACAAGAAGGAAUACUUGAAGAUAUGCCUACAGAUCCUGACAACGAGGCUUACGAAAUGCCUUCAGAGGAAGGCUAUCAAGACUACGAACCGGAAGCCUAAGAAGAACAUUCCUCCCAGUUUCCUGAGACCUACUGACAGAUGUUCCCUCCUGUAUCAGUACUCCAUUCCAAUGUGCUCAGUGAUACUUUCUCCAAGUCUUACAGUGUAUUUUGAAGUCUUCCAUCAGCAGUGCUUGGAGUAACUGCCCCGGCCCGUAGCGUCUCAGUGCUCCCUUCUCACUGAAAUGAACAGACCGUAGCAGGGUCCUUAUGUGCUGUGGGUCUUGUGGCUUCAAACUCUAAAUGUUAAAACAAAUUAAAAACACCUAAGUGACUACCAUGUCUUUCUAAAUUGUUGCUAUUUGGGGCUAUUUGUUGUUGUUAUUGAGAAGUGAUGAGUGAUUUGUUAUCAUAUCUUCUAAGAUUUUUAGUCAUCUUUUAACAAUUCUUUUCUUGUUCAGGAAUAAUGAGGUGGUGUGAAAUUUGUUUAUAUAAACAUAUAUAUAUAAUACUUUAAAAACAUGUGAGCAUGAAACUAUGCACCUAUACAUAUUAACUAUGACAUUUUACUGUUUUGUGGUGUGUUUUAUUAACUUGUGUUUGGAUAUAAAUGGUGAAAAUGAAAAUAAAAUCUUAUUCAGUAUGAA